CAGGGAAGCAGCAGGAUUAAAUCCAAAGCCUCAUAGGUCCAUAUGCUGCUCAGGGAUGGAGACGACAGCACUGCAUGCGAGGAAGAGUCCAGGCAGCAGCGUCCAAGGGGCCGGUGAGGAUGAGGAGGCCCCAGCCGAGCCUCAUGGGAGCAGGUCCGGCCGCUCUCUGCCCGCCCUGGUUCGCCUCUACGUCUACGCCCUGCACGGCUGCCUCUGUGAGGUGGCCUUCACCGCCGUCUGGGACUGGUACGACACCCGGGACAGGAGGCUGGCGGGACACAGCAGCCUCUGGGCGCUGCCGAUGUAUGCCACCGCCAUUUACCUCAUGGAGAGCCUGCGAGCCUGGCUGCUGGCGCGGCGCCACCUGCUGCCCGUCCGGCUGGCGGCCUACACCUUGUUCAUCUACCUGUGGGAGCUGAGCUGGGGGGUGGGCUUGAGGCUGCUGGGGGCCUGUCCCUGGGAUUACUCAGGUUUUAAGUACAAUCUGGGUGGACUGGUGACUCUGGAGUAUGCGUUGCCUUGGGCUGUGGCGUCAUUUAUUGCAGAGAAGCAUGUCAUCUGGAACACUCUGAGGAUAAGACUGGAGAACUGAGCUGAAAUCCGUCUACUGACAGAUUCUGAAGUGUAAUUCACUCGAGGAUGAAACGAAAAGUGAAUCAAAAGACAAGCACAAAUGGGAUCCGUCAAUCCCCAGCCACAUUAUGAAACAAUUUUCAAGGUUUGGUCAGAAAAUAUACAUGGAUUGUGCGGAGAGAGCGGGCUGUGAAAAGCACCCGAUCAGAUGUUUUCCACUUCCAGUAAAAGGGAGUCAUCAGAUGUGAGCAACAUGUGGGGAAAUCCUGAAUGCUUCCAGACGUUUUUUGUUUUAUUUUUAUAAUAAGGCAAGUGAAACCACAGAAGAGGAAGCUGCACAUCUUUAACUAAAAAAUGAAACUGCAACUAACAUCUUCGGUGUAAAUCUUCCUCUCAUUUGUUGAUCAGCUCACUCACAUAACUUAAAAUCUUUUACGCUCCUUUUCUUGGAAUAUUUCCUCUCUGAUAAACCCAGUGUUAUAUCUAAUAAUAAUGCUGUGGUUAUUAAUUAUGAUGAUGCAAAUACAGAGCCAAUUCUCCCUUAAACAAAUCCUAUUUUCACUUCAUCCAGUCAAACUCUUACCAUUUUAAUAUGUAGUCAGUGAUGGUACAACAACUUCUAUACUGUAAACAGGUAUUUUAAUUUUUUUUUUUCAUAUUUUCAUUUUU